CGAACCCACGUCGUUCUCCCGACGAACACAUCCUUGAGACUUCUUACUGUCAUUGAGCUCAUUUACCACGCUUUUCCUCACGAACUAUGGCCACCGGGGACCAGAACAAUGGCAGCGGCGGCUCGACUAUCACGACCAUGUUCAGCUUUCUCAUCAUUUUUCUCGUCAUCUUUGCCGCACUCGUCAUCGGAGGUAUCCUUUGGCAUCACAUUGUUAGGAGACGAAGGAUGGCGAGGGGAAGCACAGGACAAGUGUGGUUCACGUUUGACGAGGGGUGGGCGAACACGUACGCGGUGAGGAAUGACUUUGGGGCCGUUCCAAAAAUGUGGGAGAUUGAGACGCCGGAAGGGAAGGGGAUCAGAGUGAAACAAUGGAAGAUGGUUCAGCCAUUAGCGGCUGUCGUUGAGCGCUCGACAGAGCCCGCACCCAGCACUGCUUUGUCAGAAACUGUGCCUACAAAAUCCGACCACCGUUCACUGUUUACUCGUAUUCUACCCUCUCGCUCUCAGCCUGCUCAGGAGGAGAAAGUCCAACAAGAACCAGAGGCUCCGCCAGAAUAUGCACGGGCAGUUCAAGUCUCUGUGCUUGUCGCCAUGCCUUCUCUCAAACAUAACAAUGCGGCGAGCGACAGAGCCUCACCAUCCGCACCUGAACUCGCUCAGCUCGGAGAAUAUGCCAUUGGAAUGUGUCGAGCUCCUUUACCCGAAGGAACAGUCAUUUGAUACUUAUGGCCGUGUUGUCAAGAUUGUAAUUCUGUGCUGUCGGUUUCACGUCCCGAGUCGUGCUAUGGGUUUGUUGUAUUGUCGCUUACUUUCCACUCCAUAUCUGUACUCAUAUCAAUUCUUUGUGAGCAAUGCUUGGACCUUGACCUAGAUGUUGUACUACUGCACCUUGUCUGUUUUCCACAACCAUUCACUGCUAUCUUUGCUGACUUUGCUCAGAGGUCGCUCCACUUUAUCUGUACUUUAUGCUUACGACUUGUAUCCGUUGCUGCCAGAUAGUGCUCUCAGUUAUCUCAACUAUUCUUCGAU